AGAAGUUGUCUGCUUGAGAUGCCUCCCCCUUAUUGGGUUGUGCUUUUAGCAUGUGGAUCCUACAACCCUAUUACGAAUAUGCAUCUGAGGAUGUUCGAAUUGGCCAGAGAUUAUCUCCACAGUACUGGGCAAUAUAUAGUAAUUGGAGGCAUCAUCUCACCUGUGAAUGAUGGUUAUAACAAAACAGGAUUGAUUGAAGCUAAACAUAGAUGUGCUAUGGUAGAUUUGGCUCUACAGUCAAGUGAUUGGAUCAUAUUAGAUAGUUGGGAGAGUAAAAAGGAAUCUUGGACAGAAACAGUAAAAGUACUAGAUCAUCAUUACAAGAAAGUAAACUCAAAAGAGAGCAAGUAUUUUUUUCAACAGAUUCGGAAUCUAAAGCUUGGACAUAGUUCUGAUAUUUCUGCAAAUAACCAAUCUUGUAUUUUUGAUAAUGAUUAUCCUAUUCAAGUAAAACUGUUAUGUGGUGCAGAUUUACUAGAAUCAUUUGGUAAUACUAAAAUAUGGAAGCAAAAUGAUAUUAGAGAAAUUGUUGAAAAAUAUGGUCUAGUGGUAAUAACAAGAGAAGGAUCCAAUCCUCAUCGUUUUAUAUAUGAAUCAGAUGUUCUCUACAGAUAUCAGAAAAAUAUUCACAUUGUGACUGAAUGGAUAGCAAAUGAAAUAAGCUCUACACGUAUCAGGAGAGCUAUUCGAAGAGGGGAAAGCAUAAAAUAUUUGGUUCAAGAUAGUGUAAUAAAAUAUAUUCAUGAUAAUAAUUUAUUUAAAAAUUUAGAUAAGGAUGAGGAGGAGAAAAUAUAAUGUUGUUGAACAUAAUCAAGCUUAACAGAUAGAACUAAUGGAACAAAUAGAAAUUUUCUGCAGAUUGAUUAAAUAAUUAAUCUGCAGAAUGUUAAAAGUGAUUUCAAUUUAUUGAACGUGUUUAAAUUUGAUACAAAGUUUUUCAUAAGUCACAUGCCAUAGGAGAUUAUGCAGAAGCGAAUCAGGAGAUCGUAAGCAAAGCAUCAGAGGCAAGUAUACAGGUUAUAAGAUGCAUCAUUUCAGGUCUGCGAUUCUGUCAA